GGGCUCACGAGUCACGCUGUCGCACGUGCAAAACACGCAGUCACAGUCUCCUCCCUGCCCGCUCUGCACCCUUCCUCCGCUAAACCCUAAACCGAUCGGGGGCAACCUUCUAGGACCUUCUCCGAUGGCGCUCCUCCGAGCUCUCCGGCGAGCCCUCCCGUCGCUCUCCUCGCCGGCGGCAGUUCUCCUCCGCGGCGCCCCGCAUCCACUUCCUCCUCCUGUUCCCCUUCGGCUCCUGGAUCCGAUCGGACUCCGCCCGUUCUCCGCCGCCGCCGCCACGGCCUCGCAAGCGCCGGCCAUGGGGGCCAACCUCUUCGGCGGGCUCAUGGAAACCCGGUUUCCGAAGCGGCGUCCGGGCUUCGCGAACCGGCGGAAGAGGGCCAGCCUGCGCCCCAAAGGUCCAUAUUACUGGGUGAAGUGCAAGCCAGGAGAGCCCAUCCCUGCGAACCAGCCGAACGAAGGGAGUGUGCAGGGGAGGAAGGAGAAGAAGCGGAUCAAGCAGCGCAAGGCCUUUAUCAUGGCUGAAAAGAAGAAGCGCAAAGCACAGUAUUCUGCUGCUGUUAAGAGAAAGGAGGCGGAACGAACAGAAAGGAAGAUGGCUGCUGUGGCAAGAGACCGGGCAUGGGCGGAAAGGUUGAUAGAGCUAAAACAGCUUGAGGAAGAAAAGAAAGCUGCAAUGGCUUAAGGAGCUACUCUGGAAAAUGGCAAGGUGUAACUUGUUUCUGCUGCUGCGUUUUGUCCCUUAUUUUUCAGAUAGUCUAGAAUGUCACAAUUCUUGUGAUGGAAUACUAGUUGUACCACUUCUUUCAACAGUAAUCCUAAAUACUGGAACCGGUUUUAAUAUGAUUUUCAUUAAUCCA